GGCCUCUCCUUAGCCCUUCCUUGUUCUUUUUUUGUUCUUUUGUAGACCCUUUCCUUAUUCUUUGCUUUGUUCAUUUGCUGAUUUCGUCUUUUCCAUUUCUCAUUCCUCUUCUCCGUCUUCUUCUUUGGACAAAACGUGGGGAUGGCAUUUGUUUCUGGGUUGCUAGCAAAUUGUUCAGGUUUGAUUCCUUUCCAUCCUAAACUACCAUUCAAAAUUGAAAGACUUAUUUCUACGAGAUAUAAUGAUUACAAGGCCUUUCAGCCACCAGCUAGACUGCAGAUUCGUAGAGCAAGGUUUCAAUAUUCUCGUCCAGAGCGUUUAGGCUCCAGAUAUGCGACAUUUGUAGGAAGAAAUCAUCAUCAGUUGAGCAUUCACGAUGACUUGUCUGAGGAGCCCUUUUGGCUCAGUAUGAUUAAGGAAGCCUUGUGGGGCUUGAAAUCUCUAUUUGUAUUUCUGGUUGAGCAACCUAGUCAGCUGAAGUACAUAGAGUGGCCAGGUUUCCAAAGCACGCUGAAGACUGCUACUCUCACUCUUGUUAUUGUAGCAGUGCUCAUCGUCGCACUAGCCUCUGUUGACUCUGCCCUCUCCUAUACGUUGGCUCUGAUUCUCAGAAGAACCCCAUAAUCAAAUAUGAAAUCCUAGAAGAGUUUAUUUCUAAUAUAUGCAUGGUCCAGCUCAAACUUGUAGAUGCUCAUCUGUCAUGUCCCUAGCAUUGUAAGGAAGAAAAGAGAAAAACAUUGUGAGAAAAAUAUGUAUGCCUUUUCGUAACUGGAAAGGCUAGAGCUAUCUAUCUCUGGAAUUUUGCUAUCAAAAAAGCAGUGUAACAUCAGCGAUUCUUAUCCUC